AUGGUGAGCAUCCGAACCAUCCUCGGGGCCGUGCCCUACAUCGUCAGCGUGUCCGCCGCGUCCAUCGCCGCGCGCCAGGGCGCCGCCGCCACGCAGGUCGUCAACCUCGCCUCGCUAGAGAACAUCGCGGUACGCCCCAACGGCCAGAUCCUCGUCACCAACAUGAACAGCCCCAACCUCUACGCCGUCGACCCGGCCGCCAAGUCCUCGUCCACCGCCGUCGUCGUGACGGGCGCCAGCGGCCUCAGCGGCGUCCGCGAGGCCAUCGCCGAGGCCAGCAACCUCAACGGCCUCGCCUCCUUCGAUGACGACUCCGUGCUCGUGGCUGAUGCCGGCAAGGGCAACGUGUACCGCUUCAGCAUGUCCACGGGCGACUACUCGGUCGUCCUCGAGGACCCCACCAUGGCCCCCUCGGGCGCCAUCCCCUUCGGCAUCGACGGCAUCCUCCACGUCAACGGCACCGUCUGGUACACCAACAUCUUCAAGAACAGCUUCCAUAAGAUCGACGUCGACGAGACCGGCAAGGCCACCGGCGCCGUCACCACCCUCUGGUCCAACCUCAUGGGUGACGAUCUCUGCGUCGGCCCUGACGGCAAGAUCUACGUCGCCACCAACAGCCCCAACACCGUCGUGUCCGUUGACGCUACCGCUGGUGCCGGCGCCUCUCCGGCCACCGUUGGCCAGGUCCGUGGUUCGACCGCUUGCGCUUUUGGCCGCGGAGAGAGCGAUGCCAACACUGUCUACGUCACCGGCGCGCAGGGCGUCUUCUCCAUCAACAUCGGCGCGUAA